AUGAACGAGAUGUACGACGCACUAGCAAGCACGAAUGAGGUCCUGGAUGCAACACUGGGUGUCAUCAUGAUCGCUCGGUUAAUCGCCAACACCGUAGCUCAUGGGGAUCUUGUUCUCUCCGGCACCUAUUGGUGUGUGAUUGGCAACGCGAGAGGUGUCGCACUUCUGGUAGACGUUGGUAGUGAAGCAUUUGCACGGGCGAAACACUUGGAUACCGGAAAGAUGGAAGAACAUCAAGAUUUAAUCUUCGAUUUGCGUCGUGAAGUUGACGUGGUGAUAAAGAUAGCGUUGAGAGAGGACAUGGGAGAAAAGAAGAGUCGGACGCACAGUUAUGACCGUGUGAGGCCUCAGUUGUUAUUCUUGAUGGGUAGCUUUGUCGGAAAUUUCACCCUCGAUUCUGCAAGCUUUGUAUACCCGACUUCACCCUCCAGCACUUCGCAAUCAAAGUGCCACACCAUCUGCUGUCUUGAGAGAUGCCCGCCGAUUUGCAACGAUCCUGUGAUCAUUGUGGCCGAUCCUUUCAUCGCCAAGGAUUCCGAACACACGAAAAGGCUUGCCAGAGGCGCUCUGAACAAAGAAGAGAGGAUUUGGAGCUUGCUAGGGUCAUUCGUCAAGAGCAAGAACAGGCGCAUCAGGGUAGUGUGUUUGCUGGUGUCCGUCCUUCCAUCAGUGGCUCAACAUCUUCUAUCGACAAUCGUUUGGAGGGUGAUGAUUUCGAUUUCGAUAACCAAAUGGACUACCAACAUGAUGCCGAUGUGGGACGGAACCGAUUCUGAUGGUGAUCCGCCACCAUCUGGAACAGCAUCGCCUGCACCCCAGCACGAAAUUGACGAUAUCAAAGUGGAAUACCACCCCAGUAGUGGUAUCCCCACCAAAGUGUACCACUUCGAAGACUAUGGAAGCGGUCCCGGUGCCCCACCACCA